AUGGAGGGACAGGACGGCAAAGGGAAUAAUGACUGUAAUCAGAAGGAAGACAAGAGUUUUGCUCUGUGGUACAUGGGCUGGUCGGCUCUUGACAGGCGGACCACGCUGCCCAUGCUGCCGUGGCUGGUGGCGGAGAUCCGGAGGAAAAGUGAGAAGAACGAGUCCGGUCCCGCACAGGCCAGGGAAGUUCAGCUGCAUCUGUCGCCCCCUCUGAUCCGCUGCGUGCCCGCAAGCAGCAGCAACCCGUCCGUCUUCAUAUUCGAGCACAAAGCACAGUUUAUAUCCAGGUUUAUCCACAACAGCCAUGACUUGUCUUAUUUUGCCUACCUUAUCAGAAGUCAGCCUGAGAACCCCGAGUCUGAGAUGGCAUGCCAUGUGUUUAAAGCAUGUGAUCCCAACCAGGUGCCUGAGGUUAUUAGCAGCAUCAGACAGGUGUCCAAAGCAGCUCUUAAGGAGGAAAGCAAGCCCAAGCAAGAGAGCGAUGAGUCUUUCUACAACUCCCAAAAGUUUGAAGUGCUUUACUGUGGAAAGGUGACCGUCACCCACAAGAAAGCCCCGUCCACUUUGAUUGAUGAUUGCAUUGACAAAUUCCGCCAACAUGAGAUUGAACGCAAACAUCUGCGGCUCCUCAAUGGCCAACGGAACUCCACUGAGGCUCCUGUGGAAUUUAUUAUGGGCGAAGAUCCGUUGAGUUCAUCCCUCUGUGAAGUGGAUGAACCUGAAUCUGAGCCCAGCUUGACCGAGGAAGAGCUGUCUGAGAUGGGCAAUGGAAAACUGGACCUGGCGAACUCCUCCAGUACGGGCAACCUGCGAGGGGCCUUUCCUGAGUGUAUCUUGGAGGACUCUGGGUUUGGGGAGCAGCAGGAGAUUCGCACGCGGUGUAACAGCCUGGCGGGUGGCCUGCAGAAAAGACCCAGAGAGGCUGGCAAAGGGACGACCAGGAGGAGACAUGCUAGCGCACCAAAUAACGUGCAGCCAUCUGAUGCAGACAAGAACCGCACAAUGCUUUUCCAGGUUGGACGAUUUGAAGUGAAUCUCAUAAGCCCAGACACCAAAAGUGUGGUUCUGGAGAAAAAUUUUAAGGACAUCUCAUCCUGUUCACAGGGUGUUAAACAGACAGAUCACUUUGGGUUUAUUUGUCGGGAUGUGGUGGAGUCUGGCCCUGCCCAGUAUGUGUGUUACGUGUUCCAGUGCGCUAGUGAGUCUCUGGUGGAUGAAGUGAUGCUCACACUGAAACAGGCCUUCACAACAGCAGCAGCCCUCCAGAGUUCCCAGAACCAAAUCAAGCUGUGCGAGGCUUGUCCAAUGCACGAUCUGCACAAGCUCUGUGAGAGAAUAGAAGGCUUGUAUCCUCCCAGAGCGAAAAUAGCCAUUCAGAAGUACCUGUCCCAACUGAGUGACAACGAGCAGGUCAACAUAUUCGAGCGGGUGCAGAAAAUGAAGCCAGCGUCCGAUCAUGAAGAGAAUGAGCUUGUGAUUCUUCACCUCCGACAGUUGUGUGAGACCAAGCAGAAAUCUCAUGUUCACAUUGGAGAGGUUACUCAGAAUGUUUCUGGCAGCAGUGUGACCUCUGAUAACUCCAGCGCGGGUCGCAAUAAACUGGAUGUGUUUAAGAACAAAGCACGGAGCUCUCUGACCAGCUCCCUGGAGAACAUCUUCUCACGGGGGGCGAGCCGUAUGCGAAUGCGCCUGGGCAGCAUGGGCAGUUUUGACCGCCAGGGCGACUCCCCUGGUGACUCUCCACCCGGGACUCCACCCAGUUACCUUGAAGAAGACCCAGAUGCCCCGCAGUUUCGGCGGCGGGCGCACACCUUCAGCCACCCACCCAUCAAGAAAAAGAUCUCCUUCACUGACGUCUCCUCUCAAGCCAGUAAGGCUCCACUGCGCCGCCAACAGUCUUUGGCCCCAGAGCUGCUGCAGAGCAGCACCGUUGGUUUCUCAAGAGUGCGCAGUGUCUCUGAGAGCGAGUCCUACUUCGGCCUCUCAUCCUCCUUCCACACUCCUACUUUCCUGAAAAGCUUUUACCAGGGUUCCCUCGGCUCGCUGGCCUCCCUGUCAGACAGCGGGAGUCUAAAGAGUGGUAAUGGCGAGGGCAGAAAGAGGUCUCUGUCAGGUUGCAGCACUGACUCUUUGACCCUGGUGCCUCCUCCGCGCAGAGUUUCUUGGCGGCAGAAGAUUUUCCUGAGGGUGGCGUCACCCAUGAACAAACCCUCCGCUUCGGUGCAAAACGUGGACCCCAUGGACGGCCGGGAGCUGCUGCCACUUUCUCCUCGGGCACUGACCCAGAAUCAGGGGGGUCAGACAGGCCCUCAGUCCCCAGAGCAGACUUCAGCUGGACAGAAGCGGAGCCCAGCUGACUACAGGGCCUUGUGGAAGAAAGCCAUCCACCAACAAAUUCUGCUCAUCAGAAUGGAGAAGGAGAAUCAGCGCCUGGAAGCCAGCUGUGAUGAACUGCACAUUCGUAAAAUGAAGCUGGAUUAUCAGGAAGUGUGUUCGUGCUCCAAAGAGGUGCAGGCGCUGUGGGACAGGAAGUUGAGCAGCCCAUGCCGCACUAAAGUACAGUGGGACAAAGAGGAGAUACACAGUGCCGUCUGCCAGGGUGUACCUAAAAGUCGGCGAGGUGAGAUUUGGCUCCUGCUUUCCCAGCAGCAUCGCCUGCGUCAGCGUCUUCCACACCGUCAGCAGCCACCUGAAACAUCUUAUCAGGAUCUCCUAAAACAGCUCACAGCACAGCAGCACGCCAUCCUGGUGGACCUCGGCCGGACGUUUCCAACGCACCAGUAUUUUAGCACUCAGCUGGGAGCCGGACAGCUGUCUCUGUACAACCUACUGAAGGCUUACUCUCUGCUGGACACUGAGGUGGGCUACUGCCAGGGGAUCAGCUUUGUGGCCGGUUUGCUGCUGUUGCACAUGAGUGAGGAACAGGCUUUCGACACCCUCAAGUUCCUCAUGUACGACUUGGGUAUUCGCCGCCAGUACCGUCCCGACAUGAUCUCUCUGCAGAUCCAGAUGUACCAGCUGUCCCGUCUGCUGCACGACUAUCACCGUAACUUGUACUCUCACCUGGAGGAGCACGAGAUCUGUCCCAGCCUGUACGCCGCACCCUGGUUCCUGACUCUCUUCGCUUCUCAGUUCCCACUCGGCUUUGUGGCCCGUAUUUUUGACCUUCUGUUUGUGCAAGGCACAGAGGUGAUUUUUAAGGUGGCGCUGUGUUUGCUGAGCAGCCACGAGGGAGAGAUACUGGAAUGCGACAGCUUUGAAAGUGUCGUGGACUACCUUAAAUCUAUCAUCCCUACCCUCACUCACAGCCAGAUGGAGGAGAUCAUCACUAAGGCGAUUGAGAUGGACAUCUCUAAGCAGCUGCAGGCGUAUGAAGUGGAGUAUCACGUCCUGCAGGAUGAGUUUUCAGACGGUCCUCCAGCGUCUGAGGACUCAGAUAGACUGGAUAAACUGGAGAAAGCCAAUACCCAGCUCAAGAAACAGAACAUGGACUUACUAGAGAAACUGCAGGCGGCUCGUUUAAAAAUUCAGACAUUGGAAAGUAGCGUCGAGAGUUUCCUGUCCCGCGAGAGCAAGAUGAAGCACCUGAUCCGCUCUCUGGAGCAAGAGAAAGCCUCCUACCAGAAAACCAUCGAGCGCAUGCGUAACAGUUUACCAUCAGACACCACGGCUGAAGUGGAGAUGACACAACUCAAAUCCAGCACUAACGGCAAAGCCAAAGCCGCAUGUAAAAAGCCUUGAAGCUCCGUCCCACUGACUGAUGCAACAUAUACUGUGGGUACAUCAGAAGAGUGUCAGUCUGCUUCUUCCUCUUUUGUGUUCCCGUCGUUCUUCACCUUUGGUCUAAUCAAUCCGGAAAUGUUUGACAUCUUGCGGCCGCACUAAGAAAAAACAAAACAAUACGCAAGUGUUGUCUUUCCAAAGAUCAGCAUGACUUGGCCCAUUGCAUUAAUGUCCACUUGUGACUUUUAUGUUCACUGUGAACUUUUCUUUUUUGACCUGGCACUUCGAACCAGGAGUUUGGAGGAAACCAAAUAUUUACCAGGUCAAAUUUUUGCUGAAAGUGCUUCACCUAAAAUACAGGCAGGAAGCGAAACCAUCUGCUGCUGGCUUUCUCUGCAACUUACAAACAGUCCUGCUUGUUCCGAUUUUGCAGCUCAUGGGGCUUCGAGCGAAUCCCUGUCUGAAAACAUGAAGGGAAACUUGUCUUAAACCAUUGCACAGAUUUCUGUGUGUGCCUGAAGAUCUUGUCGGAUACUAUGCCAUAAAGAUGUGUGUAUACAAUCUUUCAAACGCAGUGGGUCGCCUUCAAUCCUUUUAGCAUAGUUCUUUUUUUCUAACAAUCACUUGUUUUUUUUGUCGCACCAACUGUACUUGACAUCUGCGCACAUUUUUGUAGCGUUGAUCACAAUCUGUCUUUUGAGGACAGCUCACGAAAAGAACAUUUGAUGGAAAGCUGUCAGAAUUCAUGAAGAUGUCAAACGUUAAAACGUUCAUUUCAAUUAUCAUACAUUUUGGGCCUAUAGGCACGUGAGCCUAAUUCAACAAAAUUGAUUGGUUCAAGUCAGAUGGUGGCCAAAAAGAUUGUACAGGAAUCACGUCUAACCAUGUGAAUGUAAAAUUUAAGCAAGAAUAUCUACUUGAACACUCAAUCUUGUUCUCAUUUUCGCAGUUUAUUGAAUGAUUCAGAAAUGUAAUGUGGUAAAACACUUACGGAGUUCUUUGUCCAUUACUGAACUUCGGGUUAGCGCUAUAUUUUUAAUAAGAGUGAAAACAAGUCUUUGAGAGACAAAAGUACAGUGCAUUUAUGAGGAAUUGUGCAUUUGUUUAACAACAUACUGACUUAUGGUCUUGUUCCAUGAAGCUAGAUUAGCUAACUAGCCUGUUAAGUUUUAACCAAUUCUGGGUUUUAGGUACCAUGAAGGUACCAAUCCUGGGUUUUAGGUACCAUGAAAGUAGCUCAGUUCAGUUCAGCUGAGUUCAGCAUCAUACCAUGGCAACAAAGAGGGAUUAAAGUUAAGCUGCCUUCUUGUUACCUAAAACCCAAGACUGGAGCAAACUAAACUGAAACUUGACUAGCUAGCCAGCUAAUCCAGUUUACAGGUACAGGCCCAGGUACAUUGUUUUGAAAUGACAAACAAAAAAAUACUUUAAUCUGCCUUCCUGCAGAGUUUAGCUCCUACCCUGAUCAAACACACCUGAACCAAUUAAUUAGAGCACAGCUCUUGACAAUAAGAGGCAGGUGUGUUUGAUUUGGGUUGCAACUGAGAUCUGCAGGAAAAUAGAUCUCCAGGAACAGGGUUGAGCACCCCCAAUCUAGAGCAGGGGUGCCCAAACUCUAGUCCUGGAGUUUAGCUCCAGCUUUCUUCAACACAUCUGCCUGGAAGUUUCUAGUAUACUUAGAAAGAGCUUUAUUAGUUGGUUCAGGUGUGUUUAAUUGGGGUUGGAACUAAAAAUAUACAGGACAGCAGCCCUUGAUCUAGAGAAUAGGUCUCAUACUCGAUUCCUGAAGGGCCUCAGCUCUGCACAGUUUUGCUCCAAUCAAACACAGCUGAUCCAACUAAUCAAGGUAUUCAAGCCUACUAGAGACGAUUAAGCAGGUGUGAAUUGAAGGUGGUUGGAGCUAAACUGUGCAGAGCUGUGGCCCUCCAGGAAUUGAGUUUGAGACUAUUGAGCCUUUAUAAAGUGUCUGCCGUUAUAAUGAAUGUAAAUUCUCAAUUACAUUUUUGUAAGAUUUAAAAUGGCGUCUAACCUGACUAAGGUCUGCUAUGCCUUUGUGUAAAGGUAAUAAGGCCAGUUCACAUGCACUGACAGAUGGCAAAAGAAACUUCAUCUUGUUUUGUCGGAUCAUUGUGUUUGCCCCUGUUGGCAUCUGUCAAAGCUUGUCAUCUUCACAGAUUGAACAUGCUGAAUCUGCGCUUGUCAGGUUGUAGAACGUCUGAGAAGUGAUUUGCUGUAAUCUGGUGAUUGUUUGUGUUCCUCUGCAUGUGUCUGUGUGGUGUGAAUUGGCCACAGUGCUCUACUGUCAAACCUGGAAGAUGAGUUCAUUGCGAUGGGUUUCCUUGAUGUUUAUCUAGGGUAAUUUGUAAUUGGGUUUUCAAUUCAUAAGUAAAAUGAGGUCUGCUGUAAAUGAUAACCUGGUGAUGCUUGAACAAUUUGUUGUACAAUGUAAACCACGCAUUAAACAUACUUUUGCGGUAACUUACUAGAAACAUACAUCUUUACAAACAACUCAUUUUCAACAAUUGUAAUUCACUUUGUAGAGCAACAUGUCAAAGCAUUGGCCAGUUAUGUUUACUAUAAACUGAUAUUUAUUUAUGAAUUGAAAAAGAAACAUUAUAAAAACCAAAAGAGAAUGAGACCAGCGUUUUGAUGCAGCACUCUAUAUGUCAAAACUGACAUAUUAAAAAGUGCUCCUGCUGGGCUUAGCGGUGGUCACCAGUGGUGUGUAAAAUAUGUCUGAUCUUUAUUCUAGGUAGUGGUUUUUGAUUGUUUUUGGGGUCUUUUUAAUGAUAUCUUUUCAGAAAUAUGUUUCUGUGACAUGGCAAGUUGAAAAGACUACAUUUCUUUGGAGAGAGUGAAAUACGCAUGUUUAAUCAAGGGCUGCGAAUACAGUACAUCAGACUGGUACAUUCUAGCAAUACUCCUGCACCAAAAUAAAGGACGGCGGAGUAAGGAUUCAUUGUAAAACUGCAUAAGAACAGGGUCACGUUUUCUUUUCAACAUUUCUUAGUGCUGUUAUGAUAUGUCUUCAUACAUAUGACAUAAGGUAUUUUAUAUUUACUGUGCCAAAACUUUAGCAUUAGAUAAUGUUUCCAAAUGCUGCCAUUACUUCUCAACAAACUUCCCAACAUGGAGAGGUUGUGUUUUGUUGGACUACAGUAGUUUCAGAUUCACUUUUGAUUGCAACGAAUCCAGUGAAAGUGUGUAUGCAGUGUGCUGACAGUAUCUCAUGAUUGUUUCUUUUGAUUUUGGCUGAGUGGUCAGUUCUCCAGCCUCCAUUAAAAUCAACUUUUUAUAA